CAUCAGCGUCUGCGCGCGCCGCGGGCUUGCUGGCGCGUGUGUUGCUCAGCUCCCACAGUGCCCUGGUGCGGAGCGAGCGGUGUCAUGGCGGCGGCCCUAGACCCGGCCGCUCCGCGGUGCCCAGACAGCGACAUCGAGCAGGACCCCGGGGCGGCGGUGCAGAAGCUGACAGUGGCCAUGGAACAGAAGCCAGAUGAUGCAGAAUAUUACUGUCAAAGAGCUUAUGCUCAUAUUCUUCUACAGAAUUACUGGGAUGCUGUUGCAGACGCAAAGAAGUCCCUAGAACUCAAUCCCAAUAAUGCCACAGCUUUUCUUAGAAAAGGGAUAAGUGAAUACCAUAUCAAAAACUAUGCUUCUGCUCUAGAGUCUUUCAAAGAAGGACAGAAAUUGGACAAUGUGGAUACUACUUUUACUAUUUGGAUUAAAAGAUGCGAAGAAACACUAAACACAGGAUCACAGACUGAAAUGACUACAGGACAGCAAACUCAGCCAUCAAAACUCAAGUAUGACUGGUACCAAACAGAAUCUCAAGUAAUCGUAACUCUCAUGAUCAAGAAUGCACAGAAGGAUGACAUCAAUAUACAAUUUUCUGAGAAAGAGCUGAAUGCAUUGGUGAGACUUCCAUCAGGAGAAGACUACAACUUAAAGCUUGUUCUUCUGCAUUCCAUAGUACCAGAGCAAAGUACAUUUAAAGUGCUUUCAACAAAGAUUGAGAUAAAAAUGAAGAAGCCAGAGGCUAUGAGAUGGGAGAAGCUGGAGGGGAAGGGAGAGUCUCCUAAGCUAAAACAAUACAUAUCAGACUCCAAACACCUAUAUCCAUCAUCCUCUCAUUAUACAAGGAACUGGGAUAAAUUGGUGGUUGAGAUCAAAGAAGAAGAAAAGAAUGAAAAAUUAGAGGGGGACGCCGCUUUAAAUAAACUCUUUCAGCAAAUCUAUUCGGAUGGUACAGAUGAAGUGAAACGUGCCAUGAACAAAUCCUUCAUGGAGUCUGGAGGGACUGUUCUGAGCACCAACUGGUCUGAUGUGGGGAAAAGGAAGGUAGACGUAAAUCCUCCUGAUGACAUGGAAUGGAAAAAAUUCUAAUCUGCUGAUUUGGCACCUUUGUAUUGCCCAUUUCACACACUGACCAUUGUGUAUGGACAUAGCAUUCUUGGAUUUAAGACACUGAAUGUUCCCUUGAAUAUCAGAAUUAUUGUCUUUACAUCUUGCGUGCUUUAGUAAUUCCUUUGUCUGCAGGUGUUAAGGUUUAAUCAGGAAUGGAAGCCUGUUUUUCAUCACUCCUGUCCAUGAGGGGUUUUCAGAAACAGAUUUAACUAAGUCAUAAAUACACAUUUUCUACCAGCUUUAUCAGUUCUGCAGUUUUGGGGAUGAGGAGACCUUUAAUGGACUGUUUAGGAUUAUUGCCUUAUUUUUAAUUCACAGUAUUUCUGUUGAAUAAUUUAUUAGCUCUGGCAACUUUGGGUAAACACACUUUUUUCAAGUACAGUAUUAAUUGUUUGCUCUCUAACUCUGCUUAAGAAUAAAACUGUAAAAUAUA